UAUUAGCAAAAAUACGGUAAAAGAAAAUGGCGGACAUCCAGAAGAAACAAAAUACCCUAAAAAACGUCAAAUAAUUGGCAAAAAACGGGAUAACAUGAAAAAAAUGAAACCUUCAAGCCAUUUAAUGGGCAUGUCUUGUAACUGUGUUCGUUUAAAAUGUUUUGAAGCUGUUAAUUUGCAAGAUAGACAAAAGUUUUUAAACAAAUUUAAUCAAAUGACAUGUAAAGACCAGCAAGAUGCUAUGCUGGCAUCGAUGAUAUCUCCGAUUGAAGUAAAACAAUAAAGACCUAGAAAAACAGACGAUGAGGGUAAUUUACAUAACUAUUCAUAUCAGUACAAUUUAUUAUUUGUAAGAGACUCCCUAGUGAAAAUUCGAAUUUGUUACAAUGCAUUUCUUUCCAUAUUUAACAUCAGCAAAUCAAGACUUGAAAGAAUUCAAAAGAUUUUAACAACGACUGGAAUGCUACCCAAGGACCAAAGAGGAAAACAUAUAAAUUGACCUCGCAAAUUUACACAAGAGAAAAAUAAAAGUAUUAUAAAUCAUAUUCGAUCUUUUAGAGGACAAAAGUCUUAUUAUUCUCUAAAAGAUUCUAGGAAACUGUACCUUCCAGAAGAUUUAAAUCUUACCAAGAUGCAUUUAAUGUACUUCGAAAGCCAUCCUGGUGAAUCAUGUUCCAGAGAAAGUUACAGACAAAUCUUUACUGAAAAAUUUAACAUUGCUUUUGGGUACACAAGGAAAGACACUUGUUCAACAUGUGAUAGAUUUAAAAUAGAAUUGUCAAAAUAUAACUCUCAACCCGAACUACAAAAACUUUCAUUUGAUCGAGAGCUUCACUUGAGAAAAGGACAAGUAUUUUAUGAAAGAAAGACUGCUUCUAUACACGGAGCACGCUCUUUAACCUGGUUUGCUGCAGUUGCCUUUGAUUUUUGGAAGAAUCUUCUUUGUCCUAAUAUAACAACCAAUGACACAUAUUAUAAAAUAAAACUUUCUCUGUACACUUUUAACAUUCAUAACCUUGGAACUGAUGAAGUUUCCCUUUUUUCGUAUAAUGAGACAGUUGGGAAAAAAGGUUCUAAUGAUGUAGCAUCAAUAUUGCUGCAUUAUUUUACUAAAAUAUUGCCUUCAGAAGUCACUCAUCUUCAACACUUCUGUGAUUCGUGUCCCGAAAAUUGGACUAUGCUGAGAUUUUUGCACUACAUGGUCCACCAGAAAAACAGAUUUGAAAAUAUUAAACUAUCUUUUCCCAGCAGAGGACAUUCUUAUAUGGAGUGUGAUCGAGAUAUGAUUCUGAUAAAUCAAAAGCUUCAUAUAGACUCACCAGCUAGCUGGCUAGAACACUUUAAGAAUGCCAGAAAAACCCCUUCUCCUUUUCACAUAAUUCCAGUAGAAUACACCAUGUUGCUAAAUAUAGAAAAACACAUUAAAUCUUUCUUUGUCACAACUUCCCCGUUUAAAACCCAGACACUUCGAGAAGUUGUAAUCUCUAAAAACCAUCCAAAUAAAAUACUUUUUAGAGAGAGCUGGAACGGGCAAUUCUCUGAUGCUGUUGUCACAAAACCAGUUAAAAAGAGGAAAUUGUUGUAGGAGCUCCUUCAGCCUUCAAAUAGAGUGCUUAUACCUCUUUCCUUAUUAAAGUAUAAUGACUUACAGCAUCUCAAACAUUUUUGUAAGCAAGACGCACAUGAGUUUGAUGACUCUCUUCCAUAUCAAAGGGAGGAUCAAUCGCCUUCUGUAGAUGCCUACUCCGAAUUAGAUGAAGAAAAGGAAGUUGAAUUUUGAAAUUUAAACUAGUUUCUAGUCCCUUUUUUGACAUUUUGACAUUGUAUUUCUUUGAAUGGAUUUUAUACAUUUGCUUAUUAUUUAUAUUAUUUUGUUUCUUUUAAAUUUGUUGAUGUUGACUUGCCUUUUAAUACAUAUACAAUGGAUUUUUAUUUAUGCUUGAUAAAAUAAAAAUUAUA